AUGAGCGAUAAUCGCAAACGCUACAGAGAAACAGGCGCGGCGCCUCUCAACUAUGUAGCCGGUCUGGGUCGAGGUGCGACCGGUUUCACCACGCGAUCCGACAUCGGUCCCGCCCGCCGCUGCGACAACGACCCGCACGUCAUCGUCGCCGUCGCCACCGUGUUCUGGCAGGACCGCAAGGUCGACAAGGCGCGCAGCUGGCUCAACCGCGCCGUGGUGCUCAACCCGGACCUGGGCGACACGUGGGCCUACUUCUACAAGUUCGAGAAGCAGCAGGGCACGGAGCAGUCGCUGGCCGAGCUCGUCGCGCGCUGCGUGCGGACCGACCCGCGCCACGGCCGGUACUGGACGCGCGUGCGGAAGGCGCCCGAGAACGCGCGGCUCAAGACCGACGAGGUGCUCAAGCUCGUCGCGGCCUCGCUGCCGCAUCCGUAG